UUCAAGUGCUUUAAAUGAAGAACAAGAGCGAAUAAAAGAAAUCUCUGGCUUGAAUUUUUCCUCUUUUGGCUAGGGUUAAAAAGGAAGUUACUCAAUUAAAAACACGAUAUUAUGAGUCUAAGGACCAUGAAGUUCACAGUUUCCUGUGGCAGUAUAUUGACGGAAAGUGAAACUACAGUCAUAAUACACGUCGAUCUUCCUGGACGCAAACAUGGUUGUCUUGACAAGUAAAGGGAGAAAUCUUCACAUUUAGGUUUGAACAGAUGACCAGAUACUUAGAAGUGCAGUUUACGGUCAGCUCCUGUAGCUGGAAUAGUCUUACAGAUGUACUUUAUUUACAGACACUGCUCAAAUGUAUUGGUACGAGACAUGUAAGAUCUUGUCUGGAGAAAUAAUAUUUGUAUAUGGCUAGCGCUCUGGAAGUGGAAGCAGCUUGCACUUGAUAACUGCACAUCCUUCAGUCUGAACAUAAUCUAAGAAGAGUGGAUUUAUUGAAAGCUAUCCCUGUAUCCUGUGCCAACAUGGGGAACAGUUUGGACUGUUGUGGACAAAAAAACCCAUGUGACCAUACAGAGGAUGAGACUAAAGGUUUACUGCACAGCUCUGAAUCAAAGACAUCAACUAGAGCAGGAACAGAAGUAGGGAUCAGUCCAACUUCAGAUGAGGAGCACAGGCAUGAAGAAGAAACAAAACCACAGCUGGAUGAAUUGAUUAUAACCAAGCAGCCAAAUGCAGAGGCUCAAAUUCCUAAAGCACAGAGCUCUUACUCUACAACAAUAUCAAUGUUACGCACUGAAGUCUCUCUUGCUGCUGAAGUUAAUGACAUUGUUUCACCUGAAACGGCUCAAACAGAAGUUAUAAUCUUAGAUAAAGAAACGCCAAAAAAAAAGACUGAAGUUACUGAAGAAAUCCAAAACAUUGCAGCUGAAGUCUCAGAAGCACCUCAAAACACAGUCGAAGCACCUGCUGAGAUUGUUGCCUCAGUGAAAGGGGAGAUAGAGGCUGAGCAUGGAUCAAUUGAAAAGGUGGACGUUGCAGCUGCUCUGACAGAUGAUGCAGGUGUCACCGCAACCAGUUCAGACUCAACAGUCGCACCUGCUGAGGAGACACCUGUUGAGGAAGCACCUGUUCAGGAGGUAACUGUGCUUACUCAGGUAGAAGCUAAGAAGAACUUCUCCGAACCAGAGCCAGAAACACACAUGGAGAUGAUUGCAGAUGAGAAGAAAGUAAUCCAAACUGAGGAACUGCCUCUGAAUGACACCACUGAAGUGGCACAUGAAAAAGCUGGUCUCAAUGACAUUGGGGAUGUUUCAUUGAUGGACAACAGCAGCACAGAACCUGACUCAUGCAUUUUAGCUCAGUCUAAUGAGUUGGAUGUUACUGAGAAAAGCGUAGCUGAAGUGACUGCUGAGGAACCCAUCACUGAGCCAACAGCUGAAGUGGAGGAGAAACGUUCAGAAGAAACCCAUUCUGAGAUGGCAGAACAGGAGGAGGAAACAUCUGAAGCUUCUCAAACUCAGGAACAUUCGCAGGAAGUUUCAUCUCCAGGUAUGGAUAUUACCAAUGCACUAGCUCCUGGCAUUGAAAACGGGCUAGUGAAGGACUCUGAGAAUGAAAGAAAUGCUGAUGUCAUAAUUGUGGAAGAGUUGCCUCAAGAAGAAGACAUAGUCCAGAAACCAAAUGAGGAAGCCUUGGAAACUGAGAGUCAAGAGCAACUGCCAUCUAAGCCCUCUACACAAACUGAAAGCACUAUUGAGGUGAACAAACCUGAAGUCACAGACAUUAUGACAGAUCUAGAAAAGAGUGAAAAGGUUGCAGAGCAAGAGCGUGAGGCUACAGAACCAACUCAGAAUGGCCUGGACUCCACAUGUGCCUCAGUGCCAUCAAGCCCUAUUGAGAAAACCAGAGCCCCUGAGCCAAUGAGUGAUUCUGUGGAUGUAGAAAACACUGAGGCCAAAGGUGAGGUUACUGUGGUGAGUGAUGCAAAAUUACUGGAGGAAGUUGUAAAAGGUGUUGCAGAGACUGGACCUCAACAAACAGAAGAGGAAAAGGAAAUACAGGAAAAGGAAGCUAGUGUGGCCCAGGAAAAUGAAGGAAAAGAAGACACUUCCGACACCCCAAAAGAAGAGAUCAUUUUUAGCAGUGGCAUUGUAGAGAUGAUGCUUAUACCUUCAAAAGAGACAGAAGAAAGCCUGGAGGAAGUGCAAGAGCCACUGGAUGAGUAUGUCACUCUUUCAUUCAGGUUUUCCAGCAAUAGGAAAAGACUAGACCAUGAAGUAUUGAGUGCAGACCUGUAUCUUGGAGCUGAGGAGAUUGAAAUGGGAGCCAGCAAUAACAAGCCAUCCAAACCACUGCUAGAGCUCACAAUUCCUGGUGUAGAGACCAGAUGUAGCUUAGCACCAGCUGUGGACAUACUGGCCUACAGUGAGCAAGAAUGGAAGGGGAACACAUCCAAAAGCACCCUCAUCAGAAAGGGCUACAGUGAGAUGUCCCGUAGCUUCAGUGGUCUGAGGAGAGUCAGAGGGGAUAAUUACUGUGCCCUCCGUGCCACGCUGUACCAGGUGCUGGCGACCAGCUCAAACAUGCCCACCUGGAUAGAGGAUGAAGGCUUUCUAUUGUUGCCAGAGACGAUUGAAGCUCAGGAACAUUUGAUUGGUGGAUGGGUGUUUCCCCCAGAAUGCAAGUGGGCAAGUGAGAAGGAGGACUCUGUGGAGAGACUGAAAUACUAUUUGGAUCUCCUUAAAAAGAAGUGGCAGGCAGCAGCGGCAUGUGAGAGCCCAGAGGAGAAGCAGAAUCUGUGUGAACAUGUGUUUCAGAGUGGAGAGGAGGAGUAUGGUCUUCUGGAAGCACUCAAGUUUCUGAUGCUGGCCAAAGCCAUUGAUCUUCAUCAAAAAAUGGUGGCAGAUCAAGAAGUGCCUGUGUUCUGCUGGCUUCUUUUUGCCCGCGACACAUCAGAAAACCCCAAAACCCUCCUGGCCAAUCACCUGAGCCAGAUUGGCUUCAGUGGAGGGGUAGAACAGGCAAAGAUGUUUCUAUUGGGCUAUGCCUUAAAGCACACCAUUCAAGCCUUCCGUCUGUACAUGACUGACACAGAGGAGUUUGUGUCACAUUACCCGGAUGACCACAAGCAGGAGUGGCCCUGCGUGUGUAUCGUCACAGAGGACGAUCGCCAUUACAACGUCCCUGUCAGGAGGACCGUUCAACACCAGCACAUUCAACAGGAUAUCAUGAUGACCUAACAAUAGAGACAUCAGAGAACAAAUCUGAUCUACAAAGUGGCAUGAUGAUUUGUUUCUGAUAUGAUCUGUUGGUCAUCCAAUGAAUAAAAAGGUGAAGGGAAUUUACAGCAAUCUACUGAGAUCAAAUUGCAAGCAGAAGUGCUCAGGUUUUUUCCCCCAAAUGAAUCACAGAACGAACAUCUGCCUGUCAGUAAAUGCUGUGAUGAUUAACACUGGUUCAGAAAGGAAAAGAAAAACCUUACUGCCUUUUUACUUAACCGUGAUAUUUUUUUUUGUAUUAUGCACUGUUGGAAAUUGCGUUGAUUUACAUUGUCAAUGUUAAAAAAAAAUACUAAAGAGUUUACAACAAUAAUUUUAGAGAAUUUUAAUUCAAAAGAAUGUGUUGUGAGUAUAGUAAGGAAAAUGAGAUUAUGGUCAACUUACUGUAAGUUCUUAGUUGAAUUUAUAUUGUUAGAGACUGUCAUUUUUAAAAGCAUUGCUACUUAUAAAUGGACAAAUUGUGACAGUAGAAGUUUCCCAUACUGGUUUUGAUUUUUACUGCCAUGACUGUUUUUUGAACUCUUUAAAUGAGGUUCUACACAAAAUAUCACCAGUUUUAAAAUUAGAGCACUUAGACUCUUAAGAAAGACAUAACUUUGGUUGCCAUAUGUUAUGUUUACAUGUUCUUAACAGACACCGAAAGCAACAAUAACGUGCAUAAACCACGUUAACAAGCAGCUUGUGAAACGCACAGAUGCCAAGAAGAGUUCAAGAUAUCUUAAUAUUUAGCUCAUUGUGGAGUUAAGGAAAAACUACUUGCACUUUUUAUUUUUUGUUUUUGUUUUUUUCCCUGCUUAUCUGAAUUUUUGUAUUUAUCAUUUAAGAUUAACACUGAAUAACUUGAUUGCCAAAUAUACAAAAAGUUAUACAGUAUUGGUUGUAAAAAGCUAAUUUUUUCAAGAACUGGAAGACAAGAUCAUUUGAGGAAAUAUGAAUAAAAUAUUCUAUGACUCA